AUGCAUGGACGCCACGGUACAGUGCUCCUCCCCCAAAUCUCCUGCCUUCGAAGCCACUGGAAAUGCCGGGCUCUUCCUCAAACGGGGCGGAUUCUACGGAGCAGCCAGAGCCUUGCCAGCUUCCAGUCCCACUUCGUCCCUGAGAAUCCGCUCGCUGGGGUCUGGUCUCUAUCUCAAUCCCCAAUUACUGUUGCUAAUUCAGUAAACCUUUGUUGCGGGCCUACCUCCGGAGCCAGGGCUAGUUACAAAGUUCAGAGAGAUCUGGUUCCUGCCUUCCAGAAACAGAGGAGGGAACUGAGUGUUACAUUAGACUCACCGCCGUAUCUCUGCUCACUUGAUCCCCGUUUCCUCACUGAGGACAUGUGGACAGCAGCUGUCCCCACUUCACAAGAUCGGCACGAAGACAAAAUGAAAAAUGCACACCAGGGUGAACCGCAGGGCCCAGCGCGCGAAGAGGCCCAAGAAACAGCCGACAUACCAGUACCACACGGUGCCAAGGGCUGGGGGAAGCUCACACUGCCAGCCUCGCGCUCCACUCGGCGCCGCCCGUACCAGUGGGUUACUGUAACCAUGGAGACCAACAAGUUCCUCCAUAUCACAGGAGAGAGUCCGCCUGCCAGCAGCCCAGGGCUCUGGGGGAGGCAGAAGGCAGCCUGCAGCAGAAAGCUUACGUUUUUAUUCAGCAUUGUCUGGCUGUACAUGGUGGAGCAAAGGGCUGGAGUCCCAGGUCUGCAGUGGGACCCUAGUUCCGCCACUCUGGCUGCCAGGGAGGAAACGGCUUGGAAGUGUGGUACGAAGAGUCACACAGACCCACAUGCACUAAAAGCAAGGCUCCCGCUCUCAUGUAACAUCUUCUUUUAAGGGAUCCAGGUCAGUAAACACUCUUAUCCCUAGUUUAUCCCAAAUCCUUUUGUUCGAGGAAUUAUCCAGACACCUUCUGAGCAGAGUGCGAUCUGUCCCUUCUCUGGCUCUCACG